AUGACAGUUAAAGUGCUAGUUUUACAUCUGAGUAGUCCUAAGAGGUAUGUUUCAAUAUUAAAACGAGAGAAGCUCCUUGAGGUGUCAGUUGCAGUAGAAGAAAUACGGGAUCUUAUCAGGGUGUUGACAAGUGUGUGGAUGUUGAAGAAUAACUAUAAGCGUAUAGCUGGUAGUUCAAUAGUAUAG